AUGCCAAUCACCAAGAAUUCCACACUGCCAAGCUCGGUGAGGGAGUUGGCACUGCCUGGUGGCCCGGACUCAAAAUUGUUCGUUGCCUUCAUCUCCUCAACAGAUCCCACUACCAAGCAAUCUUGGUGCCCAGACGUACGAGCUGCAUUGCCACACAUCAAUGAGGCAUUUGUCGGAGGUGAUGCGCCGAUCCUAGCAAUUGUCGAGGUUGGACAAAAGCCCGAGUGGAAUGAUCCUCAAAAUGUCUACCGGACAACUUGGAGUACCAAGAACAUUCCGGCACUGGUACGCUAUCAGCAGAUUAACGGGGAAGUAACUGAGACGGGGAGGCUGGUGGAAGGGGAAAUCCUGAAUAAGCAAAGAUUAGAGGCCUUCAUUGCCUAG